GAUGCGGGGGAUAGAGUCACGCCAGCCAUCGUUGCCUACUCGGAAAAUGAACAGGUUGUUGGUCUGGCAGCAAAGCAAAGUAGAGUAAGAAAUAUCUCGAGCACAGUAGUGAAAGUGAAGCAGCUCCUUGGCAGAAGCCAGAAGUGUGGCCCCCAGACCUGACUUCUCAGCCAUUAGCCCUGAGAGGAAAGAACCGGCUGGCUCCUGGAAAAAUGCUGAGAGCACACAGAACUUCCCCACGCCUUCAAAAUUGUACCCUGCUGCCCAGGAGCUUGCUGCAGUAGCCUUCCUUCCCAGUCCACUAUGGCCACCACCAAUAGCAGUGCGGGCAUCCGUUGGUCCAGACAGGAGACACGAACGCUUCUCUCCAUACUAGGCGAGGCAGAGUACAUCCAGCGCCUCCAGACUAUGCAUCAUAAUGCAGAUGUCUAUCAGGCCGUGUCUAAGCGGAUGCAGCAGGAAGGCUUCCGCCGCACCGAACGGCAGUGCCGCUCCAAGUUUAAAGUUCUGAAGGCAUUAUAUUUAAAGGCCUAUGUUGCCCAUGCCACAAGUAUGGGGGAUCCCCCACACUGUCCGUUUUAUGAUACGUUGGACCAGCUUCUUCGAAAUCAGAGAGUGACAGACCCAGACAACUUCAUGGAGGCUGCUGCUUGGGCCAAGCACUGUGAUCAGGAUUUAGGGACCUCUGUCACUACAGGGGAAGAGGGAACCAGCUUGCGGAAAGCGAAAAGGACACAGGAAGCUGGUCAUCAGCGUAUUUUGCGAACAGUUAAGGAAUCAGAUGAGGAUUGUCAGCUGAGAAUCUGUGACCGGAUACCAGAAGCCAGUGACCUUGAGGACUCCUGGGAUGAUUCCUCGAGUGCAGGGUGCUCUCAAGGGACCCCCAGCUACAGCAGCUCCCACCACCUUUUCAGAGGUGCAGUUGCUCCCUGUCAGAGCAACCCCAUGACCAGACUGAGUGUGUCGAGGGAAUCCAGUCCCUGUGCCAGCACCAGCCGAAACCCUGUUGGAGCAGCCUCCACAGCACAGCCUCCAGGUGCCUCUUCCAGAGUUGCUUUUAUCUCUAGUGGAAACAGACCUCUGACCAGUGAGCCCCCUCCACGGUGGGCGAGGCGAAGAAGGCGCUCAGUGGCCAGGACCAUUGCAGCUGAGUUGGCAGAAAACAGGAGGCUGGCACGAGAACUCUCCAAGAGAGAGGAAGAGAAGCUGGAUAGGCUGAUCGCUAUUGGGGAGGAGGCCAGUGCCCAGCAAGACACCGCUAAUGAGCUGCGCAGGGAGGCCGUCAUCGCCGUCAGACGCUUGGCGACGGCCGUAGAAGAAGCAACUGGUGCUUUCCAGCUGGGGCUUGAGAAGUUGCUUCAGAGAUUGAUUUCAAAUACCAAAAGCUAGGAACUGGUCAGAUGGAUGUAUUUCCCAGACUGGUACAACUCCAUUUCUGUUAGCUACCUUCCAGAUCCCUUUUUCCUGAGAUUCUCCCUGACGGAAAGGCCUUUUAGGAAUGGAAGCGCGGCCUAGUAGAAACCGGAAGGAACAAAUCUAUAGCUAGCUUAUCCUGGCUGCUCACCCCAUGAGGCUAUCUUUCCCUCGCCAGCGGUCUCCUCGUCUGUUGAGGGGAGCAGUCAUUCCUGCCCUGCCUACCUCACAGGGUUGUUGUGAGGGCCGAGUGGCUUAUAGAUGUCAAAGGGUUUCAAAGCACUAUAUACAUGUCAGUUAUGAAUGCACUUGCCCUUGACUGAGGCGAAGCUGGGGUAAGCACAGUCGUUUACAACAUACAGAGAUGUGGUGGUGUCCCUUGACCUCAUUGCUUGAAUCUUUAUCAGUUUAAUUUGUCUGCCUCUUAGAUUGAGAUCGUACGUUCUUUUUUUUUUUUUUUUUUUCUUUUUUUUGAAACAGGGUUUCUCCGUAGCUUUUGGUUCCUGUCCUGGCACUAGCUCUUGUAGACCAGGCUGGCCUCGAACUCACAGAGAUCCGCCUGCCUCUGCCUCCCGAGUGCUGGGAUUAAAGGCGUGAUCGUACGUUCUUAACCCUCUCUGUGGUCACUAGUCUGGACACAGCUGUGUUUGUGUCUUUGUCGCUUACAUUUUCACCGCUGUGUCUCUGACAUACCUACUUGCUAGCACUUCUCUCAGACCAGCUUCCCGCCGUCAUUUCACUCGUUCCUGGUCUUUGUAGAGAUGAGGACCCGGUACUGUGUACUGUGGAGGUAAGCGGUUAGUGUCGGUAGACUUCGAGAGGGUAAAACAGUGACUGUUUUAUAAGGUGGAGAGUGUAAGUAAAUUCUUUGCCUUUCGUAUUAUUUGAGCCCGUUUAGACACAUUUGUUAUAUGUUUACAUUGUGGUUGCCAUUUGAACAUGGAAACAACCUGGAUUAUAUCCAUUUCCAAUCUGCUUGUGGCUGAUUGCAGAUCCAGAGUAACUUUUUUCCCUAAGUUGUAAACAAGAGAUCAUAGGACUAAUGGGCGUGGUGUCAGAGAGCAGCUCUGUUUGCCCUUUAGUUUUGAGAAUAUUGGGAGGUGAUGGAGGCCAAUCCCAGAGACAGCUCUCUAAGCCCCAAGCCCUCACCCAGACACACAUCCCUGUGAGGAGAUAGUGGUGAUAAACUACACUGCCAUGCUAUUGGCCGUCACUGAACUGGUUCUUAUUAGGUCUUGUAGUGCUGUAGAAACACAGGUAAGACUCUUAGGGGUUUAAAAGUCCUCCUGCAAUUAGGAAGCUUGGGAGAAAAUGUCUUAAGAGUUUUUUAGGGGGUGAGUGGGGUACAUUGCGGUCAGGUGCUUACAGGAAAGCUAGACAUGUAAAUUAGUAAAGAAAAGGACAAAACAGUGGUGGGAUCCCUGGAGCCAUGAACAGGUGUAAGAGCGCACUGCUGGAAGAUGAGGCUACACGAGCAGUGUGUGUGCGGAACGCACUGGGGUCUGCCUAGAACUCACAUGAGCAGUGUGCGUGGAACACACUGCGGUCUGCCUAGAACUCACAUGAGCAGUGUGUGUGCAAUACACUGGGGUCUGCCUAGAACUCACACGAGCAGUGUGAGUGUGCAAUACACUGGGGUCUGCCUAGGACUCAUGAGCUGUGUGUGUGUGCGUGUGCAAUACACUGGGGUCUGCCUAGAACUCACAUGAGCAGUGUGCGUGUGCAAUACACUAGGGUCUGCCUAGAACUCACACGAGCAGUGUGCGUGUGCAAUACACUGGGGUCUGCCUAGGGCUCAUGAGCUGUGUGUGUGUGUGUGUGCAAUACACUGGGGUCUGCCUAGGACUCAUGAGCUCUGUGUGUGUGUGUGUGUGUGUGUGUGUGUGUGUGUGUGCAAUACACUGGGGUCUGCCUAGGACUCCUGGACUCCAAUCCUGUCACAGUUGUUUUCAUUGGCUGAACCACUUACCCUAGUUGUGCCACCAUUUUUUUUAAUCUCUAGGUUGAGGGAUUUCUACUAGAUAAUUUUUAUAAUACCUUUCAGUUCUAGAAUGGUAAAAGUAGAGGUGAACUCUUUAUAAUAUUUUCAGUCUGCUACGGGAGCUCAGUAGUACUCAUGUAUGCUUGAAAUACUGUUUACAGUUGGAUUUAAGGACACCUCGAUAGUAUUGAUGUCUAUUGAUACUCUGGUGAGAUUUCUGAGCAUCAUACUGAACAUCCGUAGAUAGAUGUCUUUCUUUCAUUGAAGUGGAUAUAUAAGGGUAUGCUGUUUCAUGUUUUAGGCCAUGACGUUAACCAGGUUAGGCCAGGACAUAACCAAAUAAAGCUAAUACUGAUAAGUAUUCUGGGGGGUGGAGACAGGGAAGUACUUUGAGGAGACUUAGACCUGGCCAUAGAGAGCAAAUGGUGACAUGUAGGUGGGCAUCUAUUCGAUAUGGGAGAAAUGCUAAGGAACGGAAGUGGAGUUAAAUUGAGGUAUUUUGAAAACCCUAAUGGGCAGAGUAACCAAAAUAAGGGAAUCAAAUACUAGGUCCUGAGGAGUUAACAAGAAAACUUGCAAAAUACUAAAGGAGACAGUUCGGUGGUAGAGGCCACAUGCAAGGAAGGCCUGACCUUCACCUUCCCUUUACCUCCUCCAACAAGCCUCUCACUGUUGUGUAACUCAGGGUCUUCAUCUGUCCUACCUCCCUCACAGGGGUGUUGUGAGGACCCAGUGCACAGGUGAAUGUCCGUGUAGAUGUGGGCAUGGAGUGUAGUGGGAGUGCGAAGGAGGCCAUAGCACGUGAGUGCUGGUGUCAGCAAACCCCGGGGCCCUGAUAACUGUCAGAGAGACUUGAGAGGGUGGACAUGGCGUCGCUGGUGAGAAGCUGUGAUGCCAUGGUAGGACCAACCUCCUGGAUCCGCGGGUGCCCUCUAUGCCAGCCACCCACCGCCUGUUUCUCUGUUACAUACCUUAAUCCUGGUGUGGACAAAUAAAGUUUUGACUUGUGUGGAACUGUGCGUCUGUCCACUGCUUUCUGAUGACAGCUGAUCCUUUGUCACCUCUAUCCUGCUUUCUCUGUGUCUACUGUGAGUCUCCAGUGUCAUUUUGUGUGUAUUGCACGCUGUCCUCGGACCCUCUCUGCAUGACAGUCAAGAAAUAAAUUUCUAGUUCUAUCAAUUCUGUAAACACUCUUCCUUGAAAAUGACCCUAUGCUAUUAGCUAAUAACUUCAACUCCAUAUAGUAGAUGCUUCUGGCCAGCAUGAAUUCUGUUCUGAAUAUGUGAGAAUUAUGCAGAGCUUAGAACACUGGUACAAAAUCUCACUCUCUUCUACUUCCCUUGAAAUAUCUGGAAUGAGGGUCACAUGGUUCAGAAAAACAGGAGGGCCAGGCAGUUUCUUUAAAAAAAGAAAGAAAAGCCGGGCGAUGGUGACGCACGCCUUUAAUCCCAGCACUCGGGAGGUAGAGGCAAGCGGAUCUCUGUGAGUUCGAGACCAGCCUGGUCUACAGAGCUAGUUCCAGGACAGGCUCCAAAGCCACAGAGAAGCCCUGUCUCGAAAAACCAAAAAGAAAGAAAGAAAGAAAGAAAGAAAGAAAGAAAGAAAGAAAGAAAGAAAGAAAGAAAGAAAGAAACCUAAAUUCUACACUGUAGAUCUGGUUGCUGGCCAAUUAUAUCAUUAAUGUGGCUGUGACAUAUGGGGCAAGCUUACAUCUGGCCUCUACUAAUUAAUUCUCAAUUUUUAGGAGAUCGGAGAAAGGGAAGGUGAACUUGCAUGUGAUUCCAGGAUUCUAGACCAGUUUAGCCCAUUGUAAACCCUUCUGUCCCCUCAGACAGCUGAGGAUAAGGUUCUCAUGUGGCCACUACUAAUUUCCAGCUCCUAUUAAGCUCUGAAUACUUCGUACAGAGAAUAGCCACGGCUCUUUGGAAGACUGCUAGGAAGGGGCAGCUUAGUCUGUCUCAAUUUCUACAUGAAACUAAGUGAAGGAUCGGAGUUCUUACUGUCUUUGAUAAACAGAAUUCACAGAGUGCUCACAGUGUUAGGGAAGGCUGCUGAAGUGUAGCUGGGGUCAAGUCCUGGCUCUGUCCUGUAAGCCACCACCCCUCUCUGAGCAUGUCUCUAAAAUAAUGCAUACCUAGCCUGCCCCCCUCGGUAUUAUGAGUGAAAAUAGUGUCAGCUGCAAACAUUAACAUCUUAGUGACAUAACCCAUUUUUACAUUUCAUAGAUGCCAUUAUUUGGUAUUUUAUAUGGGUAUUAACAUAAUGUCUUUUAGUACAAUUUUCCAUAUGCAACAUCCAUACUUUUGCUCAAAAUUUUGGUUUUUGGUAUUAAUUUUUUAUGUAUAGAAACCCAGCAACAAAUGUGUGGUGAAGUCUUUACCCUGGAUUUGCAGUCUUAGCCUCCUUUGUAUCUCUGGUUUGGUCUGCAAGGUCAUAGGUGUUAAAGUGUAGGGUGUAAGAUCAUUGUUCAGUUCAUUCAAAAAUGUGUGGCAAGGUCAGAACAAUAAUUACUUUCAAAUGCAAAGAACAAUUAUAGCUAUUAUAAAAUCCUCCAUUAAAUUCAAGCCUCUUUUAUUAUUGAUCAGUUAAAUUGUUGAUAUAUUUUUGUAUCUAUUCAGUGGUGUGAAGAGUACAGACUUCUUUAAGCCUUAUGUAUCUACAAUAUUAAUUUUUUAAUGCUAAGGUAUCUAUCUCUUUAU